AUGAAAGUUAUAAUUGUAAUUUUAUAUGAUUUAUAUUGUUUAGUUAAUUAUUAUGCAGCAAAUAUAUUGAGAAUUCCUUUAACUGAGUAAGAUUUAAGAAGAUAAAAACUUUAAUAAGAAGAAGCUGAAAGAACUAAAGAAAGAGAAAAAAACAGUUGGGAAAAAAUUGUUUAAAAUAUUAACUUAAAAGCAAGUGAUUAUUUAGGUUCUUAAGAUGUGAGCAAAAUGAGAGAAUUUGAUGCCUUUGUUGCCUUAGGAGGAAAUAUAGAUAAAAGUGGUUUUGUUAAAAAAAAAUUAAUAAUGGAAAUUAUUAAAAAAGAAUUCGAUUUGAUUAUUGAUAUUGAAGAUUUAAUAGAUAGAAGUUAAAGUAGUUAGCAAGAAAUCGAUUUUUCUGAUUUUUGUUAAAUAUUUGAAAACGGAGGAGAAGAAAUUAAAAGCAAAGUUUCUUUAUUAUCCAAUAUAUCUAGAUAAAAGUCAACUACAAAUUUAGGAGGAUAAUAAGGAUUUUAAGUAAAAUAUAAAGAUUUUGAAUUAUGGUUAGAAAGAAUGGAUGGAAAAAUAUGA